UACUUCCUACAUUUACGUGUCUUUAAUAUUUUGUACUGUACAACAAGUGAUUUAUUGUACAUGCAGUUUGGAGAAGAAUUGGAUAUAUAUGUACAUAUGUGUCUCCGUGGAUUCUGUAUGUAAGCAGAGAAAGGCAUCAAAACAUGAAGUGAAUAAAGAUGGAAAGAGGAGCGCGUGGAAAAGAGGUUGAGCCUAGACCAAAACGAGCACCUUUCUUGUAUGGGGAAAUUGCAAAACGAAAGGCGUCCAAACAUGACCUUACGAAGGAAAAGGUUCAAGAGUUGUUCGAUGCAUUCACGAUGUUCGAUAAGAAUGGAGACGGCAUGAUAACGGCAGAUGAACUGGGUAGGGUUCUCUUCCAGAUGGGAAAACGCCCAAGUGUUAGGGAGCUUCAGUCCUUCGUACGAUCAGUGGACGCUGACAGAAGCGGAACCAUUGACUUCGAUGAAUUUCUAAAGAUUUUUGCUGGUAAACUCUCAAUCGAUCCUGAGAAGGAACUGCACGAGGUGUUUCAGGUCUUUGAUGGGAACAAAGAUGGAUUUAUCUCCCCGGACGAACUCUUCAGUAUCCUCUCUAAACUGGGGGAACCCACAACAAAGGAAGAAGCACAGGCAAUGAUUCGCGAGGCGGAUCUCAAUGGAGACGGCCUCGUGGACUAUAAAGAAUUCAAAGCAAUCCUGAAUUUCCGAUGAUAUAAAAUAAAUCUUACAUAUUUUCCUAAACCAGAAACAGUAUAGUGGAUAUAUAUAUAUUUUAACAAUUAAGCUGGGGAGUGCCUAUGUCCUAAACGUAAUUUUUUUUGUUGUAAACAUGUAACCAAGCAUAUAACGUAUCAUAUGAUUCUUUUCUGUUAUGAUUCAAAUCAUUUCCUAGUUGAUAAUGGUUAUCUUUUCGUCCUGAAAUCAUCAUAUAUAUCUUUGAAAAAGUGAAUUUGAACUUUUCUAAAAAUCUCUAGGGUGGCGG